AUGACCGACCAUAUCGCAAUUCACGGCAUCUAUCUGAUUGAUUCGCCCAAACAGUUAUUCUUUACCUUUGGUACUACAGAGCCUCAUGUAUGGACAGCCUGGUUUCCGCUCUUCCUGGGAGAGUCGCUUGGGGUCAUGGGAAUUUCGAGUCGGACGCCGAGACUUGGGCUCGAGGAUACGCACCUCAACGUCCGAAUGGGAUUGCUGACGCUAAUAAUCAUUGGUGAGGGUGUGAUAUCGGUGACGAGAAUCGUUAAUAAGAUGGUCGCUCCUGGGGGUUGGACUAUGUGGUCCUUUGUCCACAUACUUGGGGUCACUACUACCGUGUAUCUUCUCUGGCAGUCGUAUUAUGACAUUUCUCCCCGAGAGCGCUAUGGCAAGAUACGCCAGCAAAUUUGGACUCAACUGCAUUUUCCCUUUCACGCGUCGCUCAUUCUCUCCUCUGAAGGGUCCCAGAUCCUUGCGCUGACACUGGAUAUUGCGUUGAAAUUGAGAUACCUGGGUGAAACGAUCAUUUUCGCGUGCGAGGAGCCUCGUCCAGACAGGCAAUAUGCCAUUGCUCUGCUGAACGACACGAUCGUAGACAUGGAGAUUGACUUUUCUAAAGGAGCGCUGCAGGAGAGGCUGGCGAUCAAUCUCAUUCUCAACUCUCUGUGGGAUAACCCGCAGCUCUGUCCGGAUAACAGUACCACCAACUCGACCGACUACGCUCUUACACAAGUGCAAGCCAGGAACCUCAUGGGGAAUGUCACCGUGUCUCUCUUCGCGAGUAUGGGAAUUACGCCGACGAAAGGGGACCUGAGCCGGUUCGGCAGCAGCACACUCCUGAUGAUGUACGUCAACCUUCUAGGGUUUGUGUACAUGUACUACUUUGUUACCGUCGCACUGUCCAUGGGGUAUUUCGCUGCUUUUGUACACCUGACGAAGCGACACCCUCGUCCACUGCACAACGGAAUCGCAAUCGGAGUACGAGUGCUGCUCGGUCUGUUUUUGCUGGCGUUGGUCUCAUUCUCGAGGAACUUUGACCUCACGUACUUCUUCAUGACUUCUCCGAUAAUUAUCUUUACGUUUGCCUUGGCACUGUUUAAGGUUCUCCUUGUCGAUCGACUGCUGGAUUGGAUUGCGACCCAGAAAAAUGGAGAUAUCGGUCGACAUGGCAGCAAGAGCAGUACUCUACCGAUUGUUCGAGAGCCGUCCGAAACGGACGACGCUGCUUCAGACGAGAAUCGCGAUGAAGAGGAAAGACGCAUGGGUCGGAACGUCCGGGUGUAUCAAGAUCUCCGGGUGGAUCACAGUCUGGCACGGGAUCGCAGUCUCCAAAUGGAGUGA